GUACAAGAAGCGUCAAAAGUAAAAGACACGGUCACGAAAGCAGUUCCGGUGAUGGGAAGGAGGCGCUAGUUUAAAUAUAACAAGAGCAACUAAAAUUUGUCGUCAAAAAUCACUUCAGGGGUUAUUUAUUUUAUUUGUUCGUUUUACAGGAUUAACCAAAAAUAAAGACUUCCCAUAAUGUGGAAUUCAUUGGGAUUAACUAUUGUGACACUUUGUGUUUGUGUGCACCAACUAUAUGCUCAGCAGCAACAAAGACUCCUAGCCAUCAAUGGGCAUUUGGAACAGAUUCUUACCAAUGCUCAAAUAUUACAAGCAGUCAUUCAAUCUGAGCUGGGACAAAAUAUCCCCAACACUCCGGUGAAUACCAAUGCUGUUUACUCUAGUUUCCUGGAGGAGGUUGAACUCCGACUCAAGAAUUUAGAAGACAACAGUGCACAACUCAAGAUGCGUAUUGGAGCCUGCACCUCCAAAGUCACCCCACCUCUACCACCCACCAAUGUCAUCGCCGAGGCAGCUACUAUGGAUAACGUAUCCUCCAUUGUCGUGAGGUGGGAUCCCCCGCAGCCUCUCCCAGACAAUCUCCAAUACAAAGUCUACUUCUCUGCCAUUGACGAAACAGGAUAUCAACCACAAGGCGAGGCUGUUUUCAAAAUAUGUGACUCUUCCCAAACCAGCGCUUCCAUCACAGAUCUGACCCCACGUUCUAGAUAUCAAGUCCGCAUUGGAACUGUUGCCGGUGUUGUUUCUGAAUCUUCAAGUAUUCCAGAAGUUAUCGUAACCCCUGAUAUCAUUCCAUCCCAACCAAGACAACUAAGAGUGGAUAAUCAAUCUCCUAACACAGUAAACUUACAAUGGGAACGUCCCGAGGUCGCUGGAGAAAUCUCAUCUUACAUCAUCUACUACAGAGAAGACGGAAAUGCCCCACAAAUGACGGCAGAGGUGAACCCACCUGUCCAGUAUCACACCGUUAAUGACCUGUCAGAAGGCACUCGCUACGUAAUGGAGGUAGCUGCAAGAUCAAACAACGGAGAGGGGCCAAAGAGCAUACCCCAGGAGGUUCGCACCAUCGACUUCAACCCUCCACAUCCGCUGAACCUGAACUGUACCUCCCUCAAUAUAACCGCCGUCAUCCUUACAUGGGAUCCACCUAGCCUCCUCCCCGGGGACGGAAUCAUUCGUGGAUACAACAUUAACUACACAGACAGCAGAUACAGAGAUUUCUACCUCUACAAGUCUAAGGACGAUACUGUCAGAGAAGCAAUUAUCGAUGGUCUGGAACCCGCUACAGUCUAUUAUUUCCAAGCGUCCUCAAGAACCAGAAAAACAUUUGGAGGAGGUGGAGCUGUUGUCAUGUGUGAAACCAAAGCUGAUGUGCCCACACACCCCCGAACCGUUCAGAUGGAAUCGUCUCGUGAAGAUCCUCCCCAGUACACCAUGAGAUGGAUUCCUCCAGAGCGAACAUACGGAGCUCUCACAAACUACACACUCCACUGGGGAGUUAAAAACGGCGCCCUCAGAAAGGAAAUCAUCGAACCAAAUAGACUCAGAUGGGUGUCAGAUUACUUAGAUGACGAUACAGUCCACGAGUUUAAACUGUAUGCUGUUAAUAGAAUUGGAUUUGGAGAACCAGCCAUUCAGGUCAUCAGAACCAAAAAACGACACACUAUUGUACCACCAAAUGUUACUGUCGAUCGUGUGAAGGGACCAAAUAACACCACCAUGUUAAGAGUAAAAUGGGAUCCACCUCAGCAGCCUGUAAGAGGAUACGAUAUUCUGUACCGAAAGUUCGAAUGGGUUUAUAGUGGUAGAUGGCAACUGAAAGAAAUCAAAGAUCCUAAUGCCUUAGCGACAGAAAUCAUCGUCAACAAGCCAGAAAAUUCGUUCAUUGUCGUCGUCCAAGGAAAACCCCGAUUACAAAAUAAGCAAUAUCCACAUGAACAACAUUUUGGAGGUCACAUGGGAAGCAGCAUGGCACAGCCUACACUUAGAGGGGGUCCUGGUAAUAUGAUGGGACAACCACCUGCACAAAAUCCAUUUGAAUCUGCCAAUAUGCGGAUGCAAGGUAACCCUAUGUCUGGGCAGCCUCCUCCAAUGUCCCAGAAUGCAAUGUCCCAGAAUGCAAUGCCACCAGAACAGGCUUUGCAACAAGGAGGCUUUGCACAAAUGUUUAGGCCUUGAGAAAUAGGUCUUGGUUUCAUUUAGCAAAAACAUCUAAAACCUGUCAAAAUCACCAAAAAAUGUAAUGGGAAGAAAUCAUAUAAAACAAUGGGAAUUCGGUUGAUAAAGGAGAAAGUUUUCCUGCGACUUUUGUAUCAUUUAUCACUUUUUUUAAACAAUACAUUUUGCCAUAUCAUAAUAAAAAAAAUUACUUCAAAAAGUGAAAAUUAGUUUUGAUAUUCAAUAUUUAGAGUCAAUGAAUUUAUAUGAUCUUCCAAGAAGAUUCAAAUUCUCUUCUUGCCUGAACUUAUAUAGCAUUGCUUUAAAUGAGAUUGAAAAUCUGAUUUUUACUUUUUAUUUCAGGGUAAUCAUCUUCAUUUCAUUUCAUUAUGAGAGGUGUGAAAAUUAUUCCAUUACUCAAUUAUUCUACAAAUAACGUGACACACGUGUCGUAUUCUGCUGGUGAUAAAUUAACAUGUGAAGGCCACUCACCUUCCACAAGUUAUGUGCAUUACUUUCUGGAGUUUUCUGACAACACAAAAACUAUUCGAAAUCUGGAACCACCGAGAACAGAGUGUAAUGACUUUAGCAUUGUUGAAAUACCCAUGUAUAUUUGUCAAAGGACAUUCUUUGUACAAAAUAAAUGUUAUAUUACAGUCUGGUUCAACUACAGUAUAAUAAAUCUUUAUAAAAGAGA